AGAAGGGAAUCCACUACUGAAAACGAGCUUGCAUGGGUCUUCUUCAUUGGCUACGAGCAGGGUCCACGCUUCAACAAUCUCUUUCAGUUCCUCUCCCAUUUUCUUUCACUCCUUCAAGGUCAUAUUGCUAGUGUCUGCGAGUCCACAGUGUGAGUCAACGACGGGUGUAAGCAGGUUUUUUUUCUUGAUCCCUGCACGUUAGUCUCAUAUAGGCAAGGUUCUUUCUCUCUCACUCUCUUCUUGUUUGUAUGAAUACCGCCUUUCAUACGCUUCUGUGUUCUCCCUCUCUCUCCCUUUUUUUUUUGGUUUCUUUUCUGGCCAGGCUGUUCAGUUCCGUUACGGGCACAUAAGAUAGAGCUUUAACUGCGGUGCGUCGUUUGCUGUCAGACCGUUUGUCCCGCCACACCGUGUUCGGCUGUCUUUCCUUUUUCCUCCACCGCCCUUUCUGUUCUCUUCUCUCGCUCCACGAUGUUGAGGACGAUGGUCCUUCUUGGCGGUCGGGUGCGCAAGAGCCCGGUCGUACACGUUCACCGCCGCAGACCUCUCGUGAGGCGCGCCGCCACAGUGACACAGGCGACGCGAAGGCAAAAUGAGGCUGCAGCGGAGAGGCAGUUCUUGAAAAUGAUCUCUGACGCUCGUAGCAGACGACAGCGUCAGCUGCGACAGGCAAUCAAGAUGGCUCUGGCCGCCCGGUCAUCUGAGCCGCCGCUCACCAAGCGCGACGACCGCUACGCCAAGAACCGCCAGCUUGCUGUAGCGGAGUUGGAGAAGGUAGAAAACGAAAAGGCACGCGCCGCCCUCAAAGCCCGUGGGGUGGCCGCGGCGUCCCAGGCAGAAAGGAAACAGAGUGACACCACCACGGCACGGCAGGCCAAGAAGAAGAUCGAGCGAGAAGUGCGAAAGGCGCGCACCGCAGCCGCGGAGCAGGCUGCGGAGGCGCGCUUUGCCGCGGAGCUGCAGCGACUUCAGGAGAAACGAGAUGCGCGUACGCAGGCGUUGAGGGAGAAGCAUAACCGGGCAAGCAAAUCCGCCGCAGCGGAAUCAAUGAACAUGCAAGAAGAAUUAAAGGCGGCCGUAGAGGUGAGUGCGAAGGAAGAAAAGGAGAAAGAGUCAACAACGGUGCUCUCUUCCGCCAAACCGGCAAAACCCGCGAGGAGGCCAGCCGCAAAGAAGGUCAAGGCGAUCGCGUCGGAGGCAACACAGCGUGCUGCGGAGCCGCUGGUGGUGCCCGAUGCGCAGGAGGAAGCCCCUGUCCCAGUCGCCCCUCCCCCGCCAGCCGCCACGACCAAACCAGUGGUGCAACGCCCCCCAUCUCGUCUUCAGCCUCCACCUGCCGCAGUAGCAGCGAUAGAGGACGUGUCAGAGGUGCACGACGAGUUUGUGGCGCAGUUAGAAAAAGCGAAAGGACGCGCCACGGCAGUGCCGACGCAGACGGCGAUCGCCACGCCUGCGAAGACUCCUGCCGCCCCGACGAAGAGUUGGGCCAUGCCGGAAAGCUCGACCGGGUUGUUCCGUCUUUAG